UCGAUCAAGGAAUCAACAACAAUUCAGAGUCGACACCCAAGUUAAUUUAAUCAUUCGAAAUUUCUUCAAUAUGCAGUCCACUACUGUUUGGAUCACCCUCGUCUUCUUCUUCGUCGCCUCUUUGGCGUCUGCGGUGGCCGAAGUCCAUCAAGGCCACGCUACCCCUGGCGAGACUCUGGUUAAGACCUCGAGCGAGUCUUUCAAUCCCUACCCGAACACGUCUCAGACCGGAUUACCGACCGAGUCUUUCUCUCAUUUCCCGACUAUGUCUUUUCCUCCCUACCCCAGCGGAUCCACAACCUCCUCUAUCUCUUCCGCCAACUCUGUCCUCAGCAUCGGCAACGGCACGCCCCUGAAAGAUUUUCGCCUCCAGUGCGAUAGCGACAGCCUAGGACUAGUUCAGUCUCAAACUAGGCCCGGCAUUUAUUACCUUCGAGGCACCUGCGGCGGCUUGUACAACGAUGCUCAUGCAUCACGCUGCUCUUUCCUAGACCUCAGCAUGUGUUAUAUUAAUGACGGGGGAAACAUACGCCCUCAGAGGAUGGGCCACUUCCUGGAUUCAUGCGAUAGAUGCGUCUUAUACGCGUCUCGUGGUUCGAAUAUGCUGGCCUGUACCUGCGCAAAAGGCGACCACAACGGCGGCGGAACACAAGAGACCGCAGUCCAGCUGGACAACCUCCUAUAUGUGAAGAACGGCUUCCUAAGCUGCCACGGCUACACCAACUUCGAAUGUCCGGAGGCUAAUGUGCCUUUUUAA